UGCAAUUACUGUCAGCAUGUGAGGUAGAGAUGGCCUCCUGUGAAGAAGGGGUUCAUAUAAAAGUGCAGUGAUGAGACUCCGAAGAAGUCACCAGAGAAGUCUUAGUCCCUUCAUUUCUCCUAUCAGUGAAUCAGGCUAAAGAAGAUGGGGAGCUUGCUCACAAGCUUCCUUCUGUUGCUUCUGUGUGUGGCAAUUGGCUCGGCACAGCACUGGUCCUACGGCUUACAACCUGGAGGGAAAAGGGAUGCUGAAAAUCUGAUAGAAUCUUUCCAAGAGAUUGCAAAUGAGGUGGACAAAGUGGGGGAGCUGCAGCAUCUUGAAUGCACUGCGUCACAGCAGCGGCCCACGUUACAAGGACUUAAAGGAGCCCUAGCAAGUCUGAUUGACCGGGAGACUGGGCAAAAGAAGAUUUAGAUUUCCACAAAAGAAAUACAACCACUGCAAAGUUUAGCUACCAAGUCCAACAUAUUCU